AUGUCCAGUUUAAGCGCUGUGGCCGCCAUUAAACUGGAUUACUGGGAUGGUCGACCAGUACUGCCCACCGACAAUGACUUUCAGGAGUUGAGAGGGGAGGUACACUUUGCGGACACUGUCGAUAAGGUGGCUUUGAUCCAAGCCAGGUUGAAGUUGAAGGAUGCGUGGAUUUGGACAAUGAACAUCGUUAUUCAUGAGGGGAGUGAAGCGGUUUCAGAGCAGUGGUUAUCGGAAGUACCGUUUGCAGCCGAUAAUGUGAUGGGAGCCUGGAUAAACGGAGCAAAGGAGAACAAAGUUUAUUGGCUCCUGAAACACAAAAUUCCGUGCUUCAUCAUCCAUGAAGUCCCAACGCGCGACAUGUACCUUCAUUUUGAAGAUCACAAGAAUCCGGACUUCGUAGCUCAGACAGAUGCCCAGUAUUUGGUGCAAGAGCAUAACGGCUUCGACAACCUGGCUUACAGACAUAAGGCUUUAAUCAACGCUAUAGCAGGUCAAGAAGGGUUACCUCGAGCAUUGCCAGACUUGUCAGAGGAGGAGCGGUCGGGGUCGGAUCCGCGAAAUCAAGGAUGGGAUGGAGUCAAGCAUAGACUGCUGGAAGAGACACCAGAGGUAGUGAUGAAGCAGUGUCGACCCCCAGCCUCGGACCGUUCAAAUCCGUCAACACAGCUACCGCCGAAGUCCAGCUCAAUUGCGAGUAUCCCAGAUCCAGAAGUCCGUUCGCUGGCUCGAGAACAAGUGGAAUGGAUAGUGCCCCCACCAGUAAUGGCUGUCACUCCAGGACGAUGGACGUUUUGGAAAGAAGAGGAUCUAGAUAGGAACACCUCAUGUUUCUGCCCAGUAUCUUCGAGGCCAGAAGACUGCGAACAAGUGUAUUACGACCGCGUUAAAAGAAGGGAACUAUUCACCAUUGAAAACCUCGAGGUACUCCCUGGCGCAAUUUCAGAUGUGAAAUUAUUCGGUUUUCCUGCGCCAGAGGCCCGAUUCGUGGAAUUGAAGGAGGGAAACGAAGGUCCUGUAAUCAUAAAUGAGUAUGACGUGUCUCAUUGGUUGUAUUUGAGUGCCAACGCGAAGAAGGGCACAGUAGGUCAAAGAGCAUCUACCCCACCUCCUACGGCUUUGCCCUUACGAUCUACUCUCCUCAAAAGCGGCAAUAAUGCACCGUCUCAAACCACAAAAUCCACUCCACCACGGCCUGCUCCUUCCCCUCCCCAGUCCCUUGCUGCUCCAAUGAACAUAGCUCCUCCCCAGAAGCCCGUCCCUACGGAACCUCGCGCUCAUCGCCAACGGAUCAGCCCGAUUCCUUCAGAGUCCACAGUACUAAGCGGGGAAAGUGCAUUAGGUCACAUUUCGCAACUUAAGAAAGCGAGGAGUAUCGGGCCCCAUCCUGAUUUGGCCAAAGGCUUACCAGUACCCGCUACUCCAUUACCUCCAUCUUCAUCGUCCGCACUCACUUCAUCUGGGACUCCGUUACCAAACACGUCGUCGUCCGCGAGCGUUAGUGUGAACACUCUUACAAACCAUUCCGCCGACUCUCGUUUCUUAUGUUUUGAGGGACUGCCUUUCGAAUGGGAGGAGUGUCUUGCGUGGUUUUAUGGGAUGGCUGUUUCGUCUCACUUUGUUUGGAUCAACCAGAUAUACAGGACGGUUUCUGAUUCUCGCCCCCUUAUUUGGUUGGAUAUGAAAUCUAACGAAGACACUUGUAUGAUGCGGGGCUUCUUAACUCAUCAAACCACGGAAAGGGACGAGAACGCGUUAGUAAUCAGUCAUUUCGUCUCAGAAGCCACUUUCGAGGAAGCUGUACAAUGCCACACCCAUAAGUGGGAACGACCCCCCGCUGCACCUCAGACGAUAGUGGAUGAUCCCAUGGAAGGGCCCUCACAGCCAGCUCCCUUGGAAAUGUGGCUCACCUCUCUGGCACGAUUGUCCCCGGCGCCCGACGUUACUCUUCUACAUCGAGCUGGGGUCACACUGGAAGAUUGUUUACUUCGUCUGUACAUAACGCGGGAACCCUAUACUAGGGUUCUCUAUCAUCUUGCCAUUAUACUAUUAUGUCUAUCGACUGACCCUUGCAUCAUGCGAGCCCUCGAGCUUGCCACCUUCAUCAACAUGUCAAGCCGGCUGAGCAUCCUGUCAUCUGCUCAUUCACACGGAUGUAUGGGUUAUUUCAUUACUGAUCUCAUUGGCAAUUUCAUUUAG